CUCGUCGGAGUGAUGCUCGUGGUGAAUCUUCUCGAGUGGGCUUCAUGAGGUCGCCAUUCUCUCAGUCGGUCAGCUGGUUUGUCAUGGGUACUCAAACCUGAAAAAAGAACCUAGUAUACUGUGUGCCCGCGCUCUGAAAUGUGGCACUGUCUGGUCGUUGCCCUUUUGAUUUCAUUGCGCGUCCUAUCUGUGGACAUCUUCACAGAUGCUUCCUCAACUAAGCCACGUUCCAUUCGGUGGCAUGUCUGCUGGAGGGUCGACGAACGACUAUGUCGCUUCCAACCACACAGAGCUCCGCGAGGCUCCCGCUCUGCCUUUCACUAAGACGAUAUAUUUGAACGGCACUAUUGAAAAGAGCCAACUCGAUACCGGUACUCUCGCGACAUGUGUAAUACUAUACCGCUACCACGAGUGGCACAUCAACCUCAAUGAGACCUACAUCUCUCAUGCGAACCUGUCUGACGACGGGGUCAACAAUAAUGAGCCUCGGUUCAAUAAGAAUCAACAAGAGAUGUCUUUGGAUGCCAUAUCCGAGUUCCACCUGGGGAUGUACGGCCAGUCGACGGUCCAGCUUCCGGGGAACCCUGAGCUCCCUGCAAGAGGUUGUAUACGGGAUUCCAGUGUUCCGCCUACCCUCAACAGGGUAGAGAUCGACUUAGGUGCGGUAGCACGGGAUCCUGUUGACUGGUUCGUGGACGAAAGGGAUACAACAGAAGGUGCCGUGCUGGUGACGUGCGAGGACGUGGCACUGGGCGACUACUAA